AUGGCCCCGACUAAAUAUGCACCAAUUUUUAGAAAAGAUCAUGAUGGUGAAUCUAUAAUUCAAUAUGCUACAUGGGGAUUAAUCCCAUUCUGGACCAAGAAAAAACAAGAUGCAGAUCAAUCUAAAACUUUUAAUGCUAGGAAAGAAUCAGUAAUAUCAGGUCAAAAAUUAUGGGCACCAGUGCGUAAACAUAGUCGUUGUGUUGUUCCAAUCGAAGGCUAUUAUGAAUGGUUACAUAAACCAAUAGGUCAAUCUAAAAAAAUUGAAAAGAUACCAUAUUAUCUACGUAGAAAAGAUAAAAAGUUAAUAUUUUUAGCAGGAUUAUAUGAUAAUGUUAAUUAUCAAGAUACACCUGAUGAUAAAUUCCAAAGUUUUACAAUCAUAACAGGUCCUGCACCAAAACAAACAAAAUGGUUACAUGAAAGAAUGCCAAUUGUAUUAGAGCCUGGUACAAAAGAAUGGGAUUUAUGGUUAGAUAAUACCAAAGAAUGGGAUGAUUCACUAGGUAGUGCCUUGAAAGAGUAUGGUAAAGAUGACUUGGAAUGGUUUGAAGUUUCAAAAGAUGUUGGGAAAGUUAGUAAUGAUGGUGAAUAUUUAGUAAAACCUCUUAAAAAAGGUGGAAUUGGAGAUUUCUUUAGUAAGAAUAAAAAACCUGAGACUAAGGAAGUAAAGAAGGAAGAUGAUGUGGAGAAGGAUGAGAAACAAGGAGAUGUUAUUAAUGGACUGAAAAACCAGAAUGCCAAUAUUAAGGAAGAGAAGGAAGAAGUUAAGAGUGUUGAAGAAGAUGAAGAAUCAAAAAGUGAUGUCAAUGAUGAAGAGCAAUUGAAAAAAGAGCCUGGAAAAGAUAUUAGAGAAGACUCUGAGACAAAACAUGGUACAAAGCGUGAAGCUACAGAUGAUUCUGAUAUAGGUUCUCGUGUUAGGCAACAUCACAAAAAGAUCAAAAAUUAA